AUGGGAGUUCAAACAGAGAGAUCUACGACUUCUUCGCCAUUGCCUUUGCUCAUAAAUCUCUGCAUCAGGCCGUUCCGAGACGCCACCACGGUCCUCUCCGGCAUUGGCUCGAACGGACUCCGUUCGCUCUCCAGAUCACCGGACGGCGAGCAGAAGCACUUGAUGGCAACGUUCCAGAGUAUCGCCCACGCACCCGCCGACCCCUUCCUCCUUCCCCCCCCUUCGUCCCGCCGCAGCCGCCGCCCCCUUCCUCCUUCCUCCUCCUGCGUCGCCCCAGCCGUCGACCCCUUCCUCCUUCCUCCUCCUACGUCGCGACAGCCGCCGACCCCUUCCUCCUUCAUCGCGACAGCCGCCGACCCCUUCCUCCUUCAUCGCGACAGCCGCCGAUCCCUUCCUCCUCCUUCGUUGCGACAGCACCCGCCGACCCCUUACUCCCCUUCCUCCUCCCUCCUCCUUCAUCGCGACAGCACCCGCCGGGGAAACUUCACAGACGCGGAAAUCUCGCCGCGCCCAAAGCUAGGGUUUCGUCCCCUUCCUCCUUCGUCGCUGUCGCACCUGCGCCCUCCGCUUCCAUCUUCUCGCUUUCGCCACGAGCAGAACUCCGCUCGCAACCGGUGCCAUCAGGUUAUCUUGAAAGGAAGAGUUGAGAAAGGAAGAGUUUUUGAACUAUUUUCGAAGAUUUCAGAUUGUCCCUCAACAGGUUCUAGUAACAUGCGCUAG